AUGAUUACGGUGGGAUUGUUAAUCGCGGUGCUGCUCAUACUGAUUUACGUAUAUGUAAUCAAACCGCAAAACUAUUGGAAAAAUAAGGGAGUGAAACAUAAUAAACCUGUAUUCUUGUUAGGUGAUACGUUCAAAACUUUAAGUCAGCAAGAACACUUUUCGGCAUAUAUAGACAGACUUUACAACCAAUUCAAGAAUGAAAGGUAUUUUGGAUUUUAUCAAUUUUCAACGCCGAUAUUAAUGAUCAAAGAUUUGGAUCUGAUCAAGAAAAUUGGUAUAAAACAUUUCGAUCAUUUCCACGAUCAUGCUGUAUUUUCUAGUGAAGAUAUUGAUCCGUUGUGGAGCAAAAAUCUGGUGGCUAGCACUGGUGAGAAAUGGAGAAAAAUGCGCACCACUCUAAGUCCGUCUUUUACCAGCAGUAAAAUGAAAUUAAUGUUUAAUUUGAUAACAAACUGCGCUGAGGAAUUUGUGCUUUACUUCAAAGAGCAUGAGGAGGAUGUCAUUACUGUAGAGAUGAAAGACAUUUUCACGCGUUAUACCAACGAUGUUAUAGCAACUUCAGCUUUUGGUAUCAAGUGCGAUUCGUUGCGUGACAAAGACAACGAGUUCUACAAGAAAGGUUUGAUUGCUACGGAUUUCAGUGGACUUGCAGCUUUGAAAUUCUUCAUGUAUCAAAUUAGUCCGAUGCUUACGAAGCUGCUGAAGAUUAAGAUUCUGCCAGAGGUAGCGACUAACUUCUUUGGAAAGGUGAUUAAAGAUUCGAUUAAGAUGCGUGAAGAGCAAGGCAUUGUUAGGCCGGAUAUGAUUCAAUUGCUGAUGGAAGCUAGGAAAGGAAAUAUGCACGAUGAGAAAGUCGAAGCUCCUGAGGGAUUUGCAGCAACUGAAGAAAUAACCAAAGCUAGUAGUAACAAGCAAAUAGAGAUCACCGAUGAAGACAUUAUCGCUCAAGCUUUAGUAUUUUUUGGGGCUGGAUUUGAUACCUCAUCCACACUCAUGUGCUACGUAGCUUAUGAGUUAGCUAUCAACGUCGAUAUACAAGUAAAAUUGCGCAAAGACAUUACAAACACCGACGAGAAAUGCAAUGGAAAAGUCACGUACGAAGCUUUGAUGAAGAUGAAGUAUUUGGACAUGGUCAUUUCUGAAACGCUGAGGAAAUGGCCACCAACACCAUCAACUGACAGAAUUUGCGUUAAAGAUUACACCAUUCCUCCUGAGAGACCAGACGAAAAACCAUUAAUCAUCGAAAAAGGAAUUACGAUUUGGUUUCCUAUUUACGGCUUGCAAAGAGAUCCUAAUCUUUUCGAGGAUCCAGAACGUUUCGAUCCUGAAAGAUUCAGUGAUGAAAACAAGAGUAAGAUAGAUGCGGCUUCCUUCUUAACCUUUGGAAUCGGCCCAAGAAAUUGCAUCGGAUCCAGAUUCGCUUUGAUGGAAACGAAGAUUUUGAUUUACCAUAUUCUUAAGCAUUUUGAAAUCGUGCCUGUGAAGAAGUCAGUCAUUCCUGUUGUUCUUAGUAAGAAGCAUUUCAAUAUGACCGCGGAAGGUGGAAUGUGGUUGGGACUUAAAAAGCUUAAAGCUUAAAUAUUGCAGUCAUUGGAAGAACAUUGUUUAAGCAAAAAUCAAAAUUCUGACUGAAACCAAGUAUAUUUAUCGAAAUCUUUAUAUUACACUAAACAAACAAACUUAA